GGCGCUUUCGCCUGCUUGGAACCUCCUAUUCCCCUGCUGGUCUUAGCCUGCUGGUCCGCACGCUAUCUGUGCUAUCAGCGAUUGACAAUCCCCGAAAUGGCGGAACUCAGGCAGUUCAGCUCACCACUCCGUGCUGGAUCGUCACCAGAGCCGCCGUGUUGGUCUACUCCUCUUCCUGUCCUUAUGCCGCGCCGCCAGGCGCAAAGAGAACGCGCGGUUCUCCGUCUGACCAUCAUCUAACCCUUUUCCUGGAACUACCACCUCCCCACCUCGCAAGCAAGCAAGAGAGGAGAGAGAGAGAGAGAGAGAGAGCGAGAGAGAAAGAGAGAGAACUGCUCUGUUCGACCGUCGCGCUGGAGAAGGGACGGCGAGAUGGGAAUGCCCGGUCCUUCCAACGAUGCUCUAUUCACCGAAGUAUGGGUAGAGUAUGCCAUCAGCAUGCUUCUCAUCUUGCUGCGCUUCUUCGCCCGAUGGAGAGUGUUUGGAUUCGAAAAGUUCGACCUGGGAGACGUCUUUGCAGGUCUUGCUAUGGUGUGCUAUUCUCUCACCGCAGCCGGAAUAUACAUGCUCAUAACCUAUGGAAACAACAUUGGUCUGAACGAGCAAACGGCAAUGCAAGUGCCCGCCGACAAGAUUGCAGACUUGACGCUCGGUUCCAAGUUGGCGUUCAUCGAAUGGUUCUGGUACAUCACACUCCUAUGGAGCCUGAAGGGAGUCUUACUGAUGGUAUACGUCAAACUUGGAACUGGAAUAGAUAGGCAGGAACUGUUAGUCCGGCUUGUCUGUGCAUUCGCUUUCCUGUCGUGGUUGGGCUCGAUAUUGUGCCACGCGCUCAUCUGCAUGCCGAUUUCGAAAAGCUGGCAGAUUCAGCCAUAUGCGGGAGAUAAGUGUACCAUGCGUCCGGCCAAUUACAUCGUCAUUGCUGUGCUCAACGGUCUGAGUGACCUAGCCAUCAUAGCCGUUCCCAUGCCUCUGCUGUUCAAAGUCAAGGUUCAUCCCUCUCGAAAAGUUGCCUUGAUUCUUCUCUUCUCCAUGGGCAUCUUUUGUAUCAUUGCGACGAUAUUGCGGGCAUACUACUCUUUAACGUCGCUCGACACUUUAGCAAUCGCGCUAGGGUGGGCCAGCCGGGAGACUUUUGUUGGUACCUUUGUUGCUUGCGUUCCAGGCAUCAAGCCCUUAUUCAGUACGACCAAAUGGAUCCGAUCCAGUGCGGACGGAUCUCGCAGUAGGCUGUCCAUGGACAAGCCAUCUCGUGGGUCCGGCAGUAGAUAUCUAUCCUUUUCGAAGAAACCGUCACAUAACGUCAUCGAAGGCGAUGGUACGAUUACGGUAUCGCGAUCCGUGGACGUCUAUCGCUCGCAAAGGCCAUCGAUGGAUAUGGGUAACGCGUAUGGAGUGGAGAUGGGAAAAUGGAAAAGCCAGCAUACAUCGUCGGGCUCGUACGCAAGCGACGAGAGGGUUAUCAUGGAUGACGAGCACGAGCUCAAGAGCAAAGACAGCCAUAAGAGCGCGCAGUGCAGCGUGCGCGAAUUCUUUCUGGGCGAGGCUACGAAAUCCAAAGACCACGUCUAGGCCCAUUUGCGCGCAACAACAAAAGUCGUCAAUCCCUCCUGGCAUCUCCCUCAGCUGAUGUCCCACCACUUUCUCACACGGAUCCCCGUACACCAUUCGACGUCGUCCACGGGGAAAGUCCGUAGUGGUACCUCUGAAAGUCGAUGGCGCCGCCCAUUGAUGAUGAAUGGAGCAGAAUCAAUCCGAUUCGUGGAUGCUCUCAAUCAGACACCGAUCCAAGCAAGCCCGCAAGCAUCGCCAGAAAGCCCCACCGACGAGGGUAUACGUACAGAGAGCCAAGGCGAUCAUCUAAAUUGCGGCACCAGGAGCUUGGAGCUUGAAAGAUGGUAAAUCUAUGUGACACCAACAGGCAAAUUCCCUCCCAGGGGAGCUCCCCAUGGGCUGGAUUUUGGAUAGAUGCUGGAAUUGGAACUACAUGAUCUAGGUAGGAGGUGGGGGAUCUCUAUGCACCGAUCCGCUCUGUAGGUAUAUACCUACCUUCCAUGUUUGGGAGUAGGAGGAACAACCUGCACAAGAAAAUUAAAUAAUGACAAGAGCAGGCAGUGCUGCUAGAGCACGGCGCUACUAUAAUAACUA